AUGGUACAUGACUCAACUGUAAUUCCAGUGAAGACAGCACCACUCAGCACCCUCGGCAGGGAAUUGCAGGAGGCGCUACUGCAGGUAACCAAGAUUGAGCAAGCAUGCCUGGGCACUGAGGUGGAACAGGAGGCUCAGCUUGACGAUUUUACUUUGCUGAAGAAGGAGGUGUAUGGUACGAUUUUGGAAACGAAGAAGGCGAUCCGUGACCGGGCCGAUUUGUUGGCAGCGGAGGGGAACAGUGUCGAUGCGAUUCAAAAGGCAUCAUUGAUAAAUCGGAACAAUGACAUGAUGGUGAAUAAGUUCCAGCAGUUGAAGGAGGCGUUCAAGAAGGCGAGUAAGCGGGCGGUGGAUCCGGCUGAGUUGGACGUGCGUUUUGAGGAGUUGCAGGUGAUCAAAAAGCAAAUCGAAGAGUGCCGGGACUUGUCCAAGAACGCGUCCGCAUAUUCGGAACAGAAGGUAAUGCAGCUGACGGACUUCGUGAAGCAGAUGGAACAGGCUGGUGUGCAGGCGCCUGCGGAGUUUGACGGCGGGGAAGGGGCAUGGCGGGAGCCGACGGCCGAAGAAAUGGCCGUUAUCAGCCGCUGGGCUGCGCGGGACAAAGAAUUCGACAAACGUAUUUUCGAGGUCGGUAAAGGCGUAGAUAAACUCAAAGACAUUGCCGAAGGCAUGGGCGCCAAACUGGAAGCACAGGCGAGACUCGCCAUCGACCUCAGCAGACAAGCCGACGAAGCCAACCAAGAAGUCAUCAAAAUCAACGACUCCAUGCAGUCACUCGUCCACUCAGGCUCAGGACUCAAUCUCUGCUGCAAACUAUUACUCACCAUCAUCCUCAUAUGCCUCAUCUGUAAUAUUACACCUCGCGCUUUAUUAUACAAAAUGUGA